UCUAUCGAGGUGCGCAUCAAGAAGUGUCCUUCAUUUUUAUCCAGAGACUUUAUUAUUCAAGAAACAAAAUGUCAAUGCUAGCGGAACCAAGACGCAAACAAAAGUUUACUCUCAAUCCACGAGGGAAACACUGGAGUGAAGACCCCAACAAAUUUGGCCAAAAGAUGCUUGAGAAAAUGGGUUGGAGUGUUGGGAAAGGACUUGGAGUUAAUGAGCAAGGAAUGACAGAGCAUGUCAGAGUAAAAGUGAAAAAUGAUCAAGUUGGUAUUGGCUAUCAGAAGGAUAAAGAUGACCAUUGGACUGAACAUCAAGACGAUUUCAACCGCUUCCUGCAGAACUUGCAAAAGGAGGAAGGUGGAAAUAUUGAAGAUGCUAAAAACAAUAAUAAAAUUUUGAGUGGCAAAUCGUUAGAGGAAAAGUCAAAGCAUAGUCAAAAAAGAGUGCACUAUAAAAAGUUUACAAGAGGUAAGGAUGUUAACAAAUAUAGUACAAAAGAUUUGGCUAAUAUUUUUGGCAAGAAAGAUUUGAAUGAGAGUGCCGUAAAGGAAGAAAAUGUAGAAGAGGAAAAUGUUAAUGAUCCUAUUGGUUCUAAAGAGACAACUAUCAAUAUUCUUAAUGUUAGUAGUGGUAAUAUGGAUGAUCAUUUAAGAAAAAAAUCUAAUAUUUGUCAUCAAAAUGGUGCCAGUCAAGUCAAAAAAGAACCUAAUGAUGACUAUAAAAUAUGUGUUGGAUUUAGUUACUCCACAAAGCCUACAAGUAAAUUUUAUGUCAAUAACAAUGAUGAUCAUGAAGAGUGCAAAUUUGAGAGUGAAUCUGAAAAAUAUGUAGGACUUGGUUUCACAAAAAACAAUGAGUCAAAAUCGAAAAUUAAAAAACAUAUGAAUUUAAAUUACAUUUAUGAUAAUCCAUGUCUGGAUUUGAAUAUUUUAGAUGAUUCAUCUAUACCUAAAACAAUUGUACCUAAUGUCAUUGAUUUAGAAUAUUCUAAAAAUACCACUACGAAAAAAAGGAAAAGUGACUUUAGCUAUGAUAAUCAAGGAUUAAAUAUAAAUUGUCCUGAUAGAUAUACCCCUAAGAAACAUAAAAGUGAGAAUUCUUACGAAAAGGAAGGUAGCAAUAUAGGACUCUUUGAAGGUCAAGUUAAUGUAAAAAACAAAUGCAAUAGGAAUAUAUAUGAAGUUACAGAAAACAGCAGUGAAUCAUUAGAGAAACAAAAAUUCAAGAAGUCAAAAAAAAUAAAAAAUGAAUCAGUGUCCAAUGGUAUUGAAAACCCAGCCCUUGAUUUAAAUGCUCCUGAUAGAUAUCUUGCACAAAGCUCCACAGUCAAAUGUGAAUCUGUAUCACCAGUUUCUAAUUCUUCAAUGCAAAUAGAUGGAUCUAUUGGUGCAAAAAAUAAACCAAGAAUAAUAAAGUAUGAAAUCAUUUCAAAUAAUUUUAGUAAUUUAGGACUAGAUUUAAAUUAUACUAAUAAAUCAAUGUGCAACAAAACAAUGGAAGUUGAAGUUGAAGCACAUGAAAAUCUUGCUUUAGAUAUUUCUGAGAAACCAACACCAAAAAAUAACAGGGAAAUAAAAAUGAAGUCUAUGGAUUUAUUUAAUGCAUUUGAUAAUACAGGACUGGAUGAAAAUUUUCUUUCACCUAAAAAAAUUGAAAUAGAAAAUGGCUUUUGUAACCCAGGUUUAGAUUUAAAUUUUCCUGAUAAGCUAACAUUAAAGAAAUGCAAAAAAGCUAAAAAAGAAUCAAUUGCCUUUAAUGUCCAAGAAAAUUUAGGACUAGAAUUGGAAGAUAAACCAACACUAAAAGAGCUGAAGAGGAAUAAAGAUAGUCAGGUCUUAUCAAAUGGAAUAGAGAAUCCAGGCUUGGACCUUGAUAAACCCACCCCAAAAAAAUCUAAAAAAGGCAAAAAUUUGUCAAAUACAUCAAAUGAAUUUGACAAUCCUAAUUUAGAGGUAAGCAGUCAUACAAAUCAUUUUUAUAAUAGUAUGAAUUAUGAAGUAUCAAGUACAAGUACAGGAGUAGAAAAUAAUGCUCUUGACUUAUCAGACGAGGAUUCAUGUAAGAAGCGAGUUACUUUUAAUGACCAGUUAGAAUACAAUACAGAUGCUAUGAAAAAAAAAAAGAAGAAAAAGAAAAAUGUUUUAGAUAAGUAUGAAGUUGUCACAGAUAAACUAAAAAAGAAACAUAAACAUGCAGUGUUAGAAUCAGAGAAAUUUUUUAUUAAUGAAGGUUUGGACUUACAUAUAAAAGAUGAAGAAGAAAUUGAAAAUGAAAUAAACGAGAGAAAGAGUAGGAAAUCUAAAAUAAGAAAAGAAAGAAGAAUGUUAUUGUUAGAAACUAUAGAGGAAGCUCCUGAAGAAGAAAAUUCUAAUGAAGUUCCAAAUAUGAAAAAUGAGGUAAGUGAUAACAAAGAGGUUGUAGUAAUAAAUGAAAUUCCAUGUGAGACUGAAAGUGAAGACAUGUCUGCAAGGAAAAGUAAAAAAAAGAAGAAAGCAAAGAAAGAUUUAUUGAAAAUUACUGAAAAAAUAGAAGUUAGUACUAAGUCAAUUGAUAAGAAGAAAAUAAAAAAUGCUUUAGAAGCAGAUCCCAUGGAAACUGUAGAAGUCAAUAGCCCUGAAAAAAUAAAAAAGGACAAAGCAAACAAGACUGACGAUAAAAAAACUAAAGAAUCGCUUUAUCACAAUGAUGAUAGAAUUAGUUUAAAAGAAUUUCUUCACGAAGAGGAAGUUUCAAAACUAAAACAAAAAAAGAAAAAAAGCACAGACAAUGAAAAAUGUGCUGAAAGUGAAAAAACUGAGGUGAUAAUGACUGAAGAAAAUAAUGACAGUUCUCAACAUUUUAGAAAAACAAAACAAGUUAUGAAAUCAUGGUUUUCAAAAAAUCCUACUCUUUUGUUUACUGGUUCUAAUAUUAAUGAGAUAAAAGGCUAUGGAUCUCAGUUUUACAGUAAUUAUUGAUGAUAAGUUUCAAUAUUCUUGUUAGUCAGACUAUUUUAAUAAGUUUUAAUUUACUUUUUCGUACAGAAGUUAUGCUAAUAAUAAUUUUAUUUGGCUUGUAAAUAUUUUAUAAAAUAAGCGA